AUGCAUGCGUCUCGGCGUGCCUGGCUACCUGUUCGCUUCCCCUAGCUAGCAGCUGUAGCAGAACUAGAGGCCACGCACGCUCUGCUCAGGUUGCCUGCAUCCCAGGAAAGCUCCAUGCCAUCUGUGCCAAGCACCGCCAUGUACUCUAGCGGAGCGGGAGCUGGGAGCCACAAGUCUGCAGAUUUGCCGGCCGGGGAGGGACCUGCAGCCCUGCACGGCCGCACGCGCGCCACACAUAUGGACGGUUCCUGAUGCGUCGGCAUUCAUUCUGCCGCCGCCGUGCGUCUACCUCUCUGUCGUCUCGUCUCUGCGCGCACCCGGCCUGCUUGCCUCCAACACCUAUAUAUACGUGCGGCGCGCGCGCUUCACAACACCACAGCACAGGUUACAACAAGUAGCUUGCACUUGACUACGUCGAUCGUAGGCGGCGACGACCACGACGACAAUGGCGCGGUGCUCUACGUGCGAUCGCAAUGUGUUCCGCCCGUGGUGCUUCUUCUUUGAACCCCCGCUGACGGUUUCACCGUAUCCGGCCAGGUUUCUCGAGGUUCAUGGAGACGACGGACGAGUUCGCGGUGCCGCCACGUCCCGCGCUCGUGCACCCGGACGCCGACGGCGUUCGAACCCCGUCGGCCCUCGGCCCGCUCUCCCCCGAGGACCCGCCACCCGCGUUCAUGGAGCGAGAUUGGCGACACGGCGGCGAUAACACGGCCGCGUAUCCAGGGUGCUCGCCGUUCCAGCCGUCCGCGGCCGGGCGCCCGGUCUCGAUCAGCCUGCCGGCGUCGCCGACAGGCGGGUUCGACAUCUCCAGCAGGACGGAGGCGGAGCUGCAGCGGGAUGCCGCCGCCGUCACGGACGCGCCGCCGCCGAGGAUGAUGAUGCUGCCGCCGUUCGCCCCGGCGCCGGCCAUGGCUCUCGAGCAGCCUGGCAAGGUGGUGUUCCGGUCCCAGCCGAUCCCCGCUGCGCCGCCGGUAGGUGACGGGGGCCACGACGACGAGUUCGGCCGCAGCGCGCCGGCGGCCAUGGCCCUCGAGCAGCCUGGCAAGGUGGUGUUCCGGUCCCAGCCGAUCAUCCCCGGUGCGCCUCCGGAGGGCGACGGCGCCGCCCGGGGCCACGACGACUUCGGCCGGAGCGCGCCGGCGGCCAAGACGCGCAGGGACAGCCGGGACACCAGCUACGACUCGUUCAAGACGUGGUCGGGCAAGCUGGAGAAGCAGAUCGCCACGCACCUGCUCGGCAGCAGCCUGCAGCAGCAACCGGAGCACGGGGAGGAGCCGGAGGAAGACGACGCGGCGAGCGACCGCCGCAACUCCUCCAUGCCCAAAGUGCAGCGCUUCUUCGCCGCGCUGGAAGGCCCCGAGCUCGACAAGCUGAGGUCCUCGGAGGAGCUGAUCCUGCCGUCCGACAAGACGUGGCCGUUCCUGCUCCGUUUCCCGGUGUCGGCGUUCGGCAUGUGCCUGGGCAUGAGCAGCCAGGCGAUCCUGUGGAAGCGGAUCGCCAUCUCGGCGUCGACGCGGUUCCUGCACAUCACGGUGAAGAUCAACCUGGUGCUGUGGUGCGCCUCGGUGGCGCUGAUGGCGGCCGUGUCGGCGCUGUACGGCUGCAAGCUGGUGUUGUACUUCGAGGCGGUGCGGCGGGAGUACUACCACCCGAUCCGCGUGAACUUCUUCUUCGCGCCGUGGAUCGCGUGCCUGUUCCUGGCGAUCGGCGUGCCGGACGUGGUGGCGGCCACGCUCCCGCACUGGCUGUGGUACGUGCUGAUGGCGCCGAUCGUGUGCCUGGAGCUGAAGAUCUACGGGCAGUGGAUCUCGGGCGGGCAGCGGCGGCUGUCCCGCGUGGCGAACCCGUCGAACCACCUGUCCAUCGUGGGCAACUUCGUGGGCGCGCUGCUGGGCGGCAUCAUGGGGCUGAAGGAGGGUCCCAUGUUCUUCUUCUCCGUGGGGCUGGCGCACUACAUGGUGCUGUUCGUGACGCUGUACCAGCGGCUGCCGACGAGCGAGACGCUGCCCCGCGACCUGCACCCGGUGUUCUUCCUGUUCGUGGCGGCGCCCAGCGUGGCGUGCCUGGCGUGGGCGCGCAUCACCGGCGAGUUCGGCUACGGCUCCCGCGUCGCCUACUUCAUCGCCAUGUUCCUGUACGCGUCGCUGGCCGUGCGCAUCAACCUGUUCAGAGGGUUCAGCUUCUCGCUGGCGUGGUGGGCCUACACGUUCCCCAUGACCAGCGCGGCGAUCGCCUCCAUCCGCUACUCGUCCGAGGUGAAGAACGCCUUCACGCAGUGCAUGUGCAUCGGGCUGGCCGCGGCGGCCACGCUGGCCGUGGCGGCGCUCUUCCUCGCCACGCUGCUGCACGCGGUGGUGUACCGGGACCUCUUCCCCAACGACAUCUCCAUCGCCAUCACGGAGCGCCGGCGCAGCAAGCCCCUCGUCGGGGAAAAGAUGCUGCUCCGCCUGCGCAGCGGCAAGAAGGUGCAGCAGGCGCUCUCCACCGCCCCCGCCGACGCCGCCGCGGACCUGGAGGCCGCGCGCGCCGCCACGACGACGUCGUACACGUAGACGGGGGGUGACGGAUGAACCGGGCGGGGGAUUGAUAGCUCCAGCGUUUGCUUGGUGCAGUUAUUGUUCGUAUUAUAUUGGCUGGGCUGCCGUAUGGGGCAGGCAGCUCGUGCGCUCUCGGCAGCCGGCACUCAAAUCGGCAGGAGGCAAAACAAGAUACGUGGCUGGAUUCUGGAUGAUACGAAUACGAUUGCAAGGUCCAUCUACGGGGUGACCAUAUACGUACGUACGUACAGAUACAUAUGCGAGAGUUGUUUAUACUGCAGGGUUCCUUUUCUCAUGAAAAGAAAAAAAACAUCAGACGUGAACUACAGUGAGAAUGUAUGCAUAUUACGUAGAGAAAUGACAUCUACAAAGAUAAAUGCUCUGGCUCUUGUUAUCCCGUUGUUUGGCAACGCGUGGAACUGGAACGCAAUUUGUGCUCAAUUUGGCCCAUUACCUCUUCUAAGUAAUCCAUUGCAGGUUUCUCGGCUGCUGGGCCGACA